AUGUCCAGAGAGGGCAAAGGUUUAGACAAGACUAUGUCCGGAGAGGUCAGAGGUGUAGACAAGACUAUGUCCAGAGAGGGCAGAGGUGUAGAUCAGACUAUGUCCAGAGAGGGCAGAGGUGUAGACCAGACUAUGUCCAGAGAGGUCAGAGGUGUAGACAAGACUAUGUCCGGAGAGGUCAGAGGUGUAGACAAGACUAUGUCCGGAAAGGGCAGAAAUGUAGAUAAGAUUAUGUCCAGAGAGGGCAGAGGUUUAGACAAGACUAUGUCCGGAGAGGUCAGAGGUGUAGACAAGACUAUGUCCGGAAAGGGCAGAAAUGUAGAUAAGAUUAUGUCCAGAGAGGGCAGAGGUUUAGACAAGACUAUGUCCAGAGAGGGUAGAGGUGUAGACAACACUAUGUCCGGAGAGGUGUGUACCGGGUACUCACUGAUGGAUAAUGUACUCAUUGACAAGUUCGUUGAACAGAAACUAAAUAAAGAGAUUCAGAAGCUGAAAAAGCCUGGACUUGAAAGAGUUAAACAUCCAGAGCUAUAA